AUGGCUGCUGAGUUCACCCCCCUCGACGUCGAGGCGUUGAUCAAGCAAAUGACCUGGGACGAGAAGACCGAAUUGCUUGCUGGGCAGGGAUCUUUCCGAACGACCGGUCUACCUCAUCGCCAAAUACCAGAUCUCAUUACCUCAGACGGCCCUCAUGGCAUCCGAGGACGUCGUUCUUUUGCUCGUAACCCGAGCCCCAUGCUGCCCUCUGCCACUGGUAUGGGCGCAACUUUCAACGCCGAAUUAUUGCACAAGGUCGGCAAUCUUCUUGGAGAGGAGGCAAGAGCCAGAGGGGUGCAUGUGCUGUUGGCACCUACCAUCUGCCUCCAGCGUUCACCAUUAUUCGGACGUGGCUUCGAGGCGUUCGCCGAAGAUCCCUUCCUGAGCGGUAUUCUCGGAGCAGCCUACAUCAACGGCGUGCAAGAACGAGGUGUUGCAACGAGUGUCAAGCAUUAUGCCGCGCACGAUCAGUCGGACAAUUCCAUUGAAGACAAUGUCUGCAUGACGCAGCGGACUUUGAGGGAGAUCCAUCUAAUGCCAUUCCAACUCGUCAUGCGCGACUCAGAUCCCUGGACCUUUAUGACCUCUUACAACAAGAUCAAUGGUAUUCACGUUAGCGAAGACCCUUUGCUGCUGAAGCAGGUUCUUCGAGAUGAAUGGGGCUUCAAGGGACUCGUCAUGAGCGACUGGUUUGGUACUUACAGCACCUCUGAAGCCAUCAACGCCGGGCUUGAUCUGGAGAUGCCCGGGCCCACACAAUGGAGAGGCAAGUGUCUAAGUCUAGCUAUUAACAGCCGCAAAGUCGCGCGUACGACAGUUGACGAGGCUGUUCGGAAUGUUCUCAAUUUGGUGAACAAAGUGAAGGAUACGAAACCGGCUGGCUAUUUCGCGGCGUCGAAUACACCCGAGCAGCAGGCUCUGAUUCGUCAACUGGUCGCUGAAAGCAUCGUCUUGCUAAAGAAUGAUUGCAAGGUGCUCCCAAUCACAAAACCAAAAGGGAAGACAAUCGGAUUGAUUGGCGAUCAUGUCAAGAACCCUGCUUUGAGUGGAGGCGGCAGUGCAGAGGUUGAGCCUUACUACUCCGUGACACCUUACGAUGCUAUUGUCGAGGCAGUUGGAACGGAAAACGUAUCAUAUGCCCUUGGUUGCCAUUCCUUCAGAUUCAGCCCACUUCUAAAGAAUUUAAUGCCUCAGCAGUCACAGCACAAAGGGUUUGGGUGGUCAGUUGAGAUCUUUGAGGAGAAUCCGGACGAGAACCCUAACGCAGAAGUACUCGUGACGGCUCACGCCCAGAAAGAACUCAUAGAUGUGCCCGAGAGUUUCCACGCGUCGCUUCCAAAGAAGUUUUACGUCAGAGCCCGGGCUAUAUACACGCCUUCCGUCACGAGCCCCUUCAGAUUCGGCUUCAGUACAUCGGGGAAAGGCAAGCUCAAAAUAGACGGGAAGGAUGUCAUCGAUUUAUGGACGGACCAGCCGCCGAAAACAGGGCCUACGCCUUGCUUCAACAGGCUUUCCAUGGAGAAGUUUUGCAACACAGAUGUGGUUGAGGGUCUAACCCUCGAACUUGAGGUUGUUCAAGUAAACGAGGACCUCUCAGGAGGUGUUGGCACAGCUUUGACCCUUGCAGGCCGCGUUGGUGGAUUUGAGCUCAUUGAUGAGGAGGUCGCCAUCAAAGAAGCUGCAAACUUGGCCAAGGAAGUCGAUAUUCCUAUCGUUGUGACUGGACUGUCAUCAGAUUUCGAGUAUGAAGGGGCCGACCGAAAGCACCUCAGACUGCCAGGCCGCGUCGACGAUCUAAUCGAAGCAGUGCUUCAAGCCAAUCCAAAUGCUGUAAUUAUCACUCAAUCAGGGUGUCCAAUUGAGAUGCCGUGGGAAUCGAAAGCAGCUACCUUGGUGCACGCAUGGUUCGGCGGCCAGGAGACAGGCCAUGGCCUCGCAGACGUUCUCUUCGGCAAAGCCAAUCCCUCCGGCCGCCUAUCUCAGACGUUCCCUGUGUCCAUCAAGCAUACCCCCGCAUAUCUCUCAUUCUCAAAGUCUGACUACGAUAUCGUGUACGGUGAGGGGGUCUUCAUCGGCCACCGCUACUACGAAUCAGUUGACAGAGAUCCGCUCUUCUACUUCGGCCAAGGCCUGUCCUACUCAAAGUUUGAGUACUCGAAGCUUGAGGUGCCAAAGACAUUUGAGCCGACGGAAGAUUACAAAAUGAAGGUCUUGGUUGACGUAAAAAACACGGGUCCUUACGACGGAGCGGAGGUUGUCCAGGUCUACAUCCACGAUCCAGAGAGUACGCUGCUGAGGCCUGUCCGAGAGCUCAAGGCGUUUUCCAAACCUUUCUUGUCUGUCAAUGAGACAAAGACUGUUGAGGUUGUGCUCGAUAAGUACUCACUUUCGUACUGGUCGCAGGAGAGGUCCAGGUGGAUUGCUGAAGCAGGAGACUACGUUGUCAUUAUUGCCUCAAGCUCCAAACCGCAGGACGAGAUCCUGCGGGCCACUUUUAACUUGCCCGAGACCUUUUUCUGGGAGGGCGUCUGA